AUGUCUUUACUUGAUCAAAAUUGGGGUGCUGGUGGUAGUGCUGAUGAUGAAGCACAAGAUGAUAAUCAACAAGGACGACAAAUUACAACAUCUCGUGAUGGUACAUUAAUGUUAAUCGAGUGUGCACCGCAAAUGUUUGAAUCAUUAGCUAAUCAAAUGAAACAAGAUUCAUCGAUUGAUGAUGAUGAUGAAGAUGCACAAUUAACAACAGGUUUUCAACUAGUUAUGCGUGCUUGUCAACGUUUUUAUCAAUCAAAAAUAAUCUCAAAUGAUAAAGAUCUUAGUGGAAUUAUUCUUUAUGGAACUGAAAAUAGUCUUAAUGCAUUUGAUUUUAAACAUAUUUAUAUACUUCAUGAAUUAGCACAACCAUCAGCUGAACGUAUUAUACAAUUAGAAACAUUGUCAGAUAAAAAUACAUAUAAAGUUAAAUAUGAUGAAUUAUUUGGUUCAACACAAGCAACUGGUUAUUCAUUAAAUGAAGCUUUAUGGACAUGUUCGAAUUUAUUUUCAAAUUCACCACAACGUUUAACUAUGAAACGUAUAUUUAUAUUUACAUGUAAUGAUCAACCACAUGCAUCUAAUUUAACAUUAGAACGACAAGCUAAACAACGAGCUAAAGAUUUAAAUGAUGUUGGUAUUCAAUUAGAAGUAUUUCCAAUAUUAACAGAAACAAUAACAAGAUUUGAUUUUAAAAAAUUUUUUCAAGAUGUUUUAAUGUUAAGUGAUGAAGAUCUUGAUAUUAGAAAUAAUCAAGAACCAACAGGACGAUUAAAUGAAUUAUUAAAACUUGUUUAUUCAAAAGAACAUAAAAAACGUGCUUAUUGUACUGUUCCAUUUUCAUUAGGCAAAGCAGCAGAUGGUACACCAUUGGAAUUUUCUGUUUCAGUUUAUAAUAUGGUUCGUCCUUGUCCAAAACCAACAAAAAUUAAAUUAGAUAUGAAAACAAAUUUGGAAACAAAAAUUGUUACAAAACAUUAUCUUCCUGAAACAGCUGAAAUUCUCAUGCCGUCAGAUAUUCAAUAUGGUUUAGAUGUAUCAAAUCGUCGUAUAUUAUUUGAUGCAGAUGAAAUAAAAGCAAUAAAAAAAUUUGGUGAUCCCGGUUUUGAAUUACUUGGUUUUAAAAGUCUUUCAUGUUUAUUACCACAUCAUUAUGUUAAACCAGGACAUUUUAUAUAUCCCGAUGAAAAAUAUGUUGAAGGAAGUUCAUGUUUAUUUAAUGCUCUAUUAAAAAAAUGUUUAGAAAAAAAAAUGUUUAUUCUAUGUCAAUUUUCCGCUAGGCGAAAUACACCACCACGUCUUGUUGCACUUAUACCUCAAGGUGAAGAAAUGAAUAAAAAGGUUAAAAAUGAUCGAUUAGCCUCGAAUGGUUUUCAUGUACAUUAUCUACCAUAUGCUGAUGAUAUGCGUACAUUACCUAAAAAUGAUACAACACGUGCAGCAAAUGAUGAAGUUGAUUUAUUUAAAAAUGUUAUACGUGGUUUAAAAUUUAAAUAUCGUCCAGAUAAAUUUGAAAAUCCAGCAUUACAAACAUUAUGGAGAAAUAUUGAAGCAACAGCUUUAAAUAAAGGUGAACCUGAUGAAUUUAUUGAUUUAACAAUUCCAAGUGUUGAAAAUCAAAAUCGAAAAGUUGCAGGAUAUGUUGAUGAACUUAAACAAAUGAUUUUUCCACCUGGUUAUGUUAUGGGUACAACAAAAAAAUCAGCAACUAAACGAAAGUGUGAAACAAAUGGUUCACCUGGUAAUGCAAAAAAAUCAAAAGAUGAUGAGAAUAUUGAUGUGGAAGCUGCAGCAAAGAGUCAUCUGUUAAGUAAAUUAACUAUACCAAUAUUGAAAGAUUAUUGUAGAGAUAAAAAAUUAAAAGCGUCAGGUACUAAAAAACAAGAUUUUAUCGAUGCUAUUCAAUCACAUCUUGGUCUUGCUCAAUAA